AUGGCGGAAGGCACGAAUCGGCCCAACAGUACCGUGUACGUCGGCGGGCUGGACACGACGCUCGUGACUGCUGCGACGCUGUCCGAAGCAUUCAUACCGUUCGGCGAGAUCGUCGACAUAACUCUACCAAAGCCAGAGGCGCCAUCUUCCACCGACCUCCAUCGAGGGUUCGGGUACGUGGAAUUCGAAGAUGAGGCAGAUGCCAAAGAAGCCAUUGCCAACAUGGACCAGAGCGAACUUUACGGACGAGUGAUCAAGGUUGCUUUGGCAAAACCAGACAGGAAAGAAACUGGGGAAGCUGGGCUGGGCAGUACCACGGCUAUUUGGGCACAGGAGGAUUAUUUGGCAAAAUACGCAGGAGCGGCAACAGAGGAUAAAGCUGCCGUGGAGCAAUCCAAGAAUGAGAGGCUUGAAGACCCCAUGGAAGGUCUAGAGGGUCUAGAUGUCGCUGGGCCGAAGCCUGAGUGA